AGCGCAGAGCGCACACACACAACAACAGACAUGAGAGCAGCACAGCAGACUGAAUGCCCAUUGACUGACUCUCUGGAGGAGGCACACAUCCACAUGUUGCCAGUUUAAUUUCUACCAACUAAGCUUACUACCAACACAUGGAAAGUGAAGUUUAAAAAAUGGCCGACACACCAUCUGGGGACAAGCCAGCUUCAAAAGGGACUGUGAAUGAAUUCCAUUACUUCCGGGAGCAAAUCUAUACUUGCACGGGAGAGGACCAAAUACCAAAUAUUUACGAUCAGUGGGCAGAAAAGUAUAACAAGCAUUGUGUCUCAGUGGGCUACGUGGGCCCAGCCAAUCUGGCGAGUGUCACAUCAGAUAUCAUUAGUGAAAAGUCAGCGAGGAUCUUGGAUGCGGCUUCUGGGACUGGGUUGGUUGGAGAAGAGUUGAAGAAACUUGGCUUCUCCUGUAUCGAUGCCUUGGAUCCAUCUCAAGGUUCAAUUGACCAGAGUAAGACACUGGAUGCGUACACUAACUACAUAUGUGACACUCUGGAUGAGCAUCGGACGCAAAUACAAGACGAUUGCUACGAUGCUGUGGUGAUGUGUGGAGCCUUUGGGAUACCUUUUCAUGUUACUGCUUCGUGCUUCCCGGAGCUCAUCCGAAUAACAAAACCAGGUGGUUACAUCAUGUUCACAAUGAGCACAAAGAUACUGGAGGAAUGGCAGGACAGGGUCACAGUAGCCAUUGAUUCUUUUAUUCAACAGGGAAUGUGGGAACUUAAGGAGAUGCGCUGGAUUCUUUACCAUGUGCAUGAUACCAUUAGUGAAAAGGCAAAAGUCACAAUUCUUAGAGUUAAGGAAAGGUAGUUUUUUUACACUGACUAACUAACUACAUGCGCUUUAUAAGACUUUGAUAUUGUAUUUUCGGUCUCAUGAUGACAGUAGGAAAUGUCAUAUUUUUUCGUGAUAAUACAUUAAAUUCCCAUUAUGAGUUUAUUGUUCAGUGAGCGUUUUAAUCAUAUUCUUGUAGCACCAUAUCUCAAGAAUUACACAGCCGUUUAACAGACUGUUUGUAGAUAUAGACUCCUUGGGGAUUGGAGUAACUGAUUCUAAUAAGAGAUGUUUCAGUCCAUUAAAAUCAAUCAAAGUACGUCUAUAAUUAACGAUUAAUUAAAAAUCUUGGCAUCAUGGGUACAACAGAGUUCCUCAUAAACUGGAUGCAGUCACAUUCAACGCAUUGCAAUAGCUUCUCCACGGUUAAUGCAAUCCAAAAUUGAGAUUUUGCAAAAGGCAUUGGAUUGGGGUAAGUUGCAUACCAUCGUGUACCUUAUGAAAUUUAUUAGUCCGAA